UGUGCUGAGAUGAAGGCAGGGAAGCACUCUGCUGAUACGGGCUGAAUGCUGAUUUUCCCCUCUCUUCUUCUCAAGCAGUUCAGCAAAAGCUGAUGGAAUUUCAGGCAUGGAAACCAAGUUCACUUUCUCCUGGGGAAGUAGAGAGGGGCCUUUGAUUUGAGGGAUAAGGGGAGGAGGGCAGAGGGUGCGCUAUGGGACUGGGCCUCCUCUUCCUCGCCGUGCUGGCCAUGCUGGUCUCCUGUGAGGACCCAGAAGGUAACAGGGUGGUUGGGGAAGAGGGGUUUACAGGCUGCCCAACACUGCUGGCACCUGGCUGGACUGGUCUUCUGCAGCAGCAAGCAGGACCUGUUAUGCCCCUGUGGUGAGCACAGGGGAAGUGGGAGCUGGUUUGCACAAGAGCUGAGUGCUGGUAGAGGAUGCACUCCUUACCACAGCAGGGUGUGAGCUGGGAUGAGCCUUUGCUGGGCUAGUACCACCUCUCUGCAGGUCUCUGAAGACUGGGGAGCUGGCAGAAAGGGUGGUCCCUGGCCUCAACCCUGCUCUGCCUUGCUCCCUAUGGCACCAGGACACCUGGACACUUACUGGUCUGGCACAGCACCCAUCUGUUUGGGAGGCUGCAAGGGAAAGCACAAGGAGCUGAAGAGGAGCCAGUGUGGGAAUGGCAGCUGCUGCUGGCUGGGAUACAAGUCCUUCUGCAGAGUGAACUGCGGGCGACCCGAAGCGGAUUUCCACUCGGUGGUGUACGGCAAUGACUGGUGGGUCGGCUCCGUGGUGCGGUACAGCUGCAGACCUGGGUUCCUGCUGCUGGGGGACCCAGCCAGUGCCUGCCAGUCCGAUGGCCACUGGACUCCCAAGCCCACCUGCCUCCGGAUCUGCCUGCGAGGUCGCAUUGAGAUCAGUGAGAGGGACAUCACUGGGAGAUGCUCUUCAUCUUGCAGCACCCAGGCCCACCUGGGAGCCUUCCUCAAACGCGGCUGCAUCAAGAUCUCGGGCUGUGUCACAAAGCACUCGGGCUGGGCCCGCUGGUUCCUGCGCUGCGAUGUCUGCGAGUGUGACUGCUAUGUCCCGUGUGGUGAGUCCUGACAGCCGCUGCUCACCUUUGCUUCCUCUGGAUAGAGUUGGGCCACCCAGGGCUGGCCCCACGCCGAGGGAGGCUUCAACCCUGGAUAUCUGCUUCCCUUCAUCAAUGUCUCCGUUGCUGUUCUCCUUCCCUAAGCUCCAUCCAUUCCAAGGCUGUCAUCUAAGAGGAGAGGAGAUGUUCUGGACUCACUGCCUUGUAGGGCUGCCUUCCUGCCUGGCCCCGUCCCAUGACUCUCCAUUGGCAGGGGAUGCUCUAUGAGCAGCAGACACUGAGAAGCUGCAUGCGUUUCCUGCAGCUGGGCUUGGGAAUGGUGCUGUCUUGGCUCCCAUUUGCCUGACUAUUUCCUAGAGAAGGUUCAUGUCCCCUUUGGGAGGGAGAGAGCACAUGUGCCUGCUCACUAUCUCCAUGCCAUGGGCAGAGCUCUCAGGCCAGAGCAGUCUGCCCAAUGCUGCACCACCCAUUGCUGAAGAAUCAGGUGUUAUAGUGGGACAAACU